AUGUUACAACAAUAAUAUAUAGAGGAAGGAUUUGAAAAAUAGGAGGCAUUUGUAUUUGUAUAGAAUUAAAUGUUAUUACAUAUCAUAUUCUUGUUUCUCAAUUUAAAUUUGGUUCAAUUUAGAUUUUGGGAAAUAUUAUAAUAAAGAUAGUGCUGUCGAAAUAUUAUUAGCCAUCAUUACCCUAUUAAAGUAUAAUUUAUUCUAUUGUAUUUGGAUUAAUUUUUCUCUAUUCCAUGUUUAAAAUAAAUUAAUAAUAUAGAUUAUCAUUCUUAUUCACAACAUAAGAUAGUUAAUAAGGUAUUUAAUAGUAGAUAAUUAAAUUUUAGAAUAAUUAAUACCUUUAUUAAACGAUAGUCCUUUUGUAUUAUGUACAUAUAAUAAAGAUAAUUUGUAUUAGUAAUAAAAAUUCAGUAAUCUCUUACAUCAUUAAAAAUUUUAAUAAAUCUACUCUGAAUUUUGUCCUUAGAAAUUAUUCUGUAUAAUAAAAUCUUAGAAGUAAAAUCAAACCAUAAUAAUAAUGA